AUGGGAGCAGCUCCCAUGCAGCGACUCAACUGGAAGCGUCUACUGCUUCCGCUGCUUCUGCCUUCGGCUUGGUCGCAGACUGAUGUGGAUGAGCUGCCCUUCCGCCCAGGCAAGCCGGUGGUGAUUAACUUGGGCCCGCUGAUGGACUCGGAUCUGGGCCUUGCGCUGCGAGACAUGCUCCGUGGCCCUGAGCCGAGGAUGUCGGAGGGGCCCCAGAUGAUAGAGGAGCCCCUGGAAUUUGAGCAGCCGGACCUCUUCCGCGGGCUGCUGAAAGACUUUGGAAAGCACCUGGUGCCCGCAAUGCAGUCGGGCAGCGGAGGCUUCCAGACCAGUGUGGACAACGGACACUUUCGGCUUCGGGCGUCUCUACCCGGAUACAGCAUGCACCGGAGCGGGGACGGUGACGAGCCAUUGAACGUGAAAGUCAUCGGCCAGACAUUGCUGGUGCAAGGCCAGAAGACCACGGGUCAGAUGGUGACGAGCUUCCAGCGCAGCUUUCCGCUUCCCUUCAUGCCGGACGCGAGCAAGGUCUCUGUGAACUACAGCGCCCAAGACGGCUCGCUCCUGGUGGACGUGCCCCCAAAGCCGGGGCAGAGGGCGAAGGCUUCGGCCGACCCGGCGAUCUCGGAGAGCUCCGAAGAUCCGAUGGAGCCGCCCAGCGAGGUGAAGGACCUCUUUGAUAUCCUCGGCGGACCACAGAUGACGGUGGCCUUCGCGGACGCGGACCGCCGCGGAGCCAAGGAACUCCGCAGCCGCCCGCGGCUCCGAGGCCUUCCGAUCCUCAUGGGAGGCUUCCGAAACUUUCCGAAUCGGCCCAUGUCCAUGGACCCGUUUGGGGGCCUCUGGCAGGAGCUCUCCGACAUGCCGGAGCCCGUGUGGCAAGAAGAGGAACAGGAAGCGGAAGGCAUGGAAGGCGCCGCGCCCAGCACCACCCGCGCGCUUCCCGUGGCGCGUGCUGCGGAGCAGGCGCCUGCUGGUGCGACGCCGGUCGUCGUGCAGCCCAAAGCCGCGAAGCCCUUCUGGCGCCUGGCAUCCGCAGACAUGUCCCGGAGCGAGUACCUGGACAUCGUCAGCCCCCAGGGGGUGGAGCUUGGGAAGAUCGGGGGAAUCUCGGCUGGAGAUUCUGCCCUGAGAGCCGAAGCAGGAUGA